GUUAACUAACACUGAACAGCUGUUUUCUUCUAUUUAUUCAAACUGAUAGAGAGUGGCAUCUUUGUCAAAUUAAAUGUCAAAAUGAGCGACUAACACAAAGAAAAAGAACAAAGAAACAUACUAGCCAAGCUGUUAGAUUCAAUUUUAAGUGUUUUUUACCAAUUAUAUUUGCAUUAAGAUGACAUCGACACCAGCUGAAAAUAUUCCACCAGAGGAGGUAAUCCAAAUGGGUAUCGAAGUGAAAGUUGAAAGCGAGAUUUCGGAAGCCCCGUCGCCUAUACGGACGCCACUUGCAGAAAAAUUCACGCUGAGGUCAGGUAAUUCGCACAUCUCAGACAGGAGAACACCACGGGCGAGCUUGAAAAGAAAGCGCAUGGAAGAAGACGGUGAUGCUCGGAAGAAAUUUUUGGAAAUAGCAGAAAAACAGGCAGAUGCACUAAAGAUGCUAGCCCAAUCGAGUGUAGAAACCGUAGAAGUCGCGAAACAACAAGCAGAUGCUUUAAAGAUCUUAGCCGAAAGCAGCUCUGCAAGUGCCCAGGCGAAUAAAAUGAUGGCGGAGGCAAUAGCCGUAUUGGGGAAUGGUUUAAGCGCUACCGCGGAAACAAUCAACAAUCUAACGCCAAUCAUAAGCCAAAUAAUCAAAGGACAUACUCGCACUUUUUAAAUAAGUUUUUGAUCAUAAAAUUUCACAGUUCUGAUUAAAAUUACUAAUUCUUCUUUAUCGUUUGAUUUAACAACACCAAAAUUAUUGUCGUUUAGAUUGCUAUAAUCGACAUCGUAACCAAUCAGCUGAUUUUGUCUUGUCGAUUUUCGUAAUCAAAUGGGUUACUGAAUAGCAAAAUCGUAAAAAUUGUGGUUAAGGAAAGAUAACAAAGCAAAUAUCGAUAAAAUGUGUUAGUGAAUCGCACCACAGGUCAAGAUUCGAAGAUUCCUCUUGAAAUGCUUUAAGUUCUUGCAUUUUAAAUGCAAUAUAAAAGUGCGUGUAGCUUAGUACACAUAACAGAAGUGAAACUUUCAAGACAGACAAAGAAAGAGGGAGAGACCCGAGAGAGACAGAGAGAGAAAUAAUGUAUAUCUAAAUGAAUUCAGAACAUUUGCAGAGAAUACAAAUAGACAAAAUUUACAAAGAACGGAGAAGGGUCGACCGUGGCAACAACGCGCACUACUCCGAGCGUUUAUCAGCCGCGGAAACGCAGCGAUUCUAGGACCGCAGCAACGGCACGAAUUACCGCAAGGCAAUACCAAUAAAUCCGACGUCGACCCAAACAGUAGGCACCAAGGAAAUAUAACGCCCAAAAGUAGGCCCGAAAAAUAUAUUUCCUACAAGUUUGCACCAACACUAAAGCGCCAAAAAGUAGGCAGUGUUAUUUCUCACUAGAAAUUAGCAACUACAAGGAAAAAUAGCCUAAAGUGUAUCUAAGGUAUAUAUAAGGUAAAGCUCUCUCUCUCUCCUUUUCCUCUACGUUAUAUCUUUUUUCUCUCUCGCGGAACGAAAAUGCCCAAAACGUUGCAUGGCCUUGAAAUUUUACUCUCCAUUCUCGCUCGUCCAUCGACGCCUAAGAAGCUUCACUUCAAUAAAAGUUGAUUGCGUUAAUUUAAAUAUGCCUUUAGUUAUAUAUGUAAUAUUAUUUAUGUUUGUUUUAUGGAGUGGAGUAUAUAU